CCCUCACGUGAUCUGAGUCAACGCGUUCGUGACGUCAGGCCGUGGAGGCGAAGAGGCUGAUCAGCUGAUGUUUCCUGGAGAAGGGGGUCGGAAAGCUUCAAUUACAUUCUGUGCUCUAGCAGCUAGGACAGCAGCAGGGCAAGAAGCCGUCGGUUCUUAUUCCCCACUGGGCUUGAUUCGCCAGCCCCUGUGCCGCGAUGGGGGAGCUGUUCAGAAGCGAGGAGAUGACCCUGGCCCAGCUCUUCCUCCAGUCGGAAGCUGCGUACUGUUGCGUCAGUGAGCUGGGGGAGCUGGGAAUGGUCCAGUUCCGCGACCUCAACCCGGACGUGAAUGUGUUCCAGAGGAAGUUCGUCAAUGAAGUGAGGCGAUGCGAGGAGAUGGACCGCAAACUGCGGUUUGUGGAAAAGGAGAUAAAGAAAGCCAACAUUCCGAUCAUGGAUACCGGGGAGAAUCCGGAGGUGCCCUUUCCUCGGGACAUGAUCGACUUGGAGGCCACCUUCGAGAAGCUGGAGAACGAGCUGAAGGAGAUCAACACCAACCAGGAGGCCCUGAAGAAGAACUUCCUGGAGCUGACGGAGCUCAAGCACAUCCUGCGCCGCACGCAGCAGUUCUUCGACGAGAUGGCGGACCCCGAGCUGCUGGAGGAGUCGUCUUCUCUGCUGGACCCGAGCGAGGUGGGCAGGGGAGCCCCCCUGAGGCUGGGGCACUGUGCCACCCUUCUCUUCCCACAGGGAGACCAGGUGCACAAGUCCGUGUUCAUCAUCUUCUUUCAAGGUGACCAGCUGAAAAACCGGGUCAAGAAGAUUUGUGAAGGAUUCCGGGCGUCCCUGUACCCCUGUCCCGAGACGCCGCAGGAGAGAAAGGAGAUGGCCGCCGGGGUCAACACCCGGAUCGACGAUCUUCAGAUGGUCCUGAACCAGACGGAGGACCACCGGCAGAGGGUCCUGCAGGCGGCCGCCAAGACGGUGAGGGUGUGGUUCAUCAAGGUGCGCAAGAUGAAGGCCAUCUACCACACCCUCAACCUGUGCAACAUCGACGUCACCCAGAAGUGUCUGAUCGCCGAGGUGUGGUGCCCCGUGACGGACCUGGACUCCAUCCAGUUUGCGCUCCGCAGAGGCACGGAGCGCAGUGGCUCCACGGUGCCCUCUAUCCUCAACAGAAUGCAGACCAAGCAGACGCCUCCCACCUACAACAAGACCAACAAAUUAACGUCCGGUUUCCAGAACAUUGUGGAUGCCUAUGGGAUCGGGAGCUAUAGGGAGAUCAACCCAGCUCCAUACACCAUCAUCACCUUCCCCUUCCUGUUUGCCGUCAUGUUUGGGGACUGUGGCCAUGGUGCCCUGAUGACCUGCUUUGCCGUUUGGCUGAUCCUCAGGGAAAGCCGAAUCCUGUCCCAGAAGAGCGACAAUGAGAUGUUCAACAUGAUCUUUUCUGGCCGGUACAUCAUCCUCCUCAUGGGGGUCUUCUCCAUCUACACGGGCCUGAUCUACAACGACUGCUUCUCCAAGUCGCUCAACAUGUUUGGCUCGGGCUGGAGCGUGCGCCCCAUGUUCACCACGGCCAACUGGACAACCGAGAUGCUCAAAGGUAACCCAGUAUUGCAACUGGACCCGGCCAUCAAGGGAGUCUUCAACGGACCAUAUCCUUUAGGAAUUGAUCCGAUCUGGAACAUCGCCACCAAUAAGCUGACCUUCCUCAACUCCUUCAAGAUGAAGAUGUCCGUCAUCCUCGGCAUCAUCCACAUGCUGUUUGGCGUCACCCUCAGCCUCCUCAACCACCUGUAUUUCAAGAAGCCCCUCAACAUCUUCCUGGGUUUCAUCCCCGAGAUCAUCUUCAUGACCAGCCUUUUCGGGUACCUGGUGAUCCUCAUCUUUAUCAAAUGGGGGGCCUACGACGCUGCCACAUCCAAAAGUGCCCCAAGCUUGCUCAUCCACUUCAUCAACAUGUUCCUCUUCAACUACAACGACAAGAGCAACAAAAUGCUCUACACGGGACAGGUGGGGAUGCAGUGCUUCUUGGUGGUGUUGGCCCUGCUGUGUGUCCCCUGGAUGCUCGUGGUGAAACCCCUGGUGCUCAGACGCCAGUACCUGAGGAGGAAGCACCUGGGCACUCACAACUUUGGGGGGAUCCGCGUCGGCAACGGCCCGACAGAAGAGGACGCCGAAAUUAUCCAGCACGACCAGCUCUCCACCCACUCGGAAGACGAGAACGAACCUUCUGAUGACGAAGUGUUUGACUUCACCGACACCGUGGUCCACCAGGCCAUCCACACCAUCGAGUACUGCCUGGGCUGCAUCUCCAACACUGCCUCCUACCUGCGGCUCUGGGCCCUCAGUCUGGCUCAUGCGCAGCUGUCGGAGGUGCUGUGGACUAUGGUGAUGCAUAUCGGCCUGUCUGUCCGGAGCUACGGCGGUUUCUUUGGCCUGUUGUUCAUCUUCGCGGCCUUCGCGACCCUCACCGUGGCCAUCCUGCUGGUCAUGGAGGGACUGUCCGCCUUUCUGCACGCCCUGCGUCUGCACUGGGUGGAGUUCCAGAACAAGUUCUACACGGGCCUAGGCUUCAAGUUCGUUCCGUUCUCCUUCGACAGCAUCCUGGAGGGAAGGUUCGACGACUAGACGCCCCCCCCCGACCCUCUCCGCUGCUGUGUCUUGCUCGUGAGCCUUCUGGUAGUUGCUGCUUUGUCCGAAAUCCCGUGUCGCUGUGCCGUACGACAGAAACGCCAUCGCCUGCCUGUGCGCUGAACCGCAGACAGCCGAAUGUGUCGUGACCUUGUUUUGCUUUGUUUUGUUUUUUUUUAUCUGAGUAACUUAUUGAGUCCUUCUCUUGUAACACUAGUAGUCAUGUACAGGAACAGAAAAGGGUGUGCAGGGCUUCUUCAUGGGAUGAGCGUUCUUUAUAUCGAGUUGCAUUGCAGCACGAACACGAUCUGAACACAAUGAAGGAACAGCGCUUCGGGGUGUGUUUUAUUUACGGGGUCAAAAAGCAAAUUAAUGUAGGUGUUUCCAAGGCCUCUAAAGAUCUAGUUGCCACAUAUGGGACUGAAAUUUCUGUCCAGCUACUGUAUAAACAAAUAAAAGGGGCUAAACUCAUGAAUUGUUGCUGCACAGAUCAGACUCUUUACGGACAUUUGACUAGAAUUACAAAAUGAAGCAUUUUUCAUGAAUUGAGCUCAGUGUUGACUGUGGGAACCUUUUAACGAAUGUCAAAACAGAUAAAAAACAGACUUAGAAUUCUGCGCACAUUAAAUUUCCAUGGCAACAAAAUGCUUACUCCUGCUGUUUAUGAAAUUCAACUAAAGGAAAAUGGAUUCCAAAGUGUAUUAUACUUGUACGUAGUACGAUGGGCGUAUUUAAACCCCAGGGCACACUGAUUUGCCUCUAUAUCUUUUUAGGAGGAAAUAUUCCAUAUUAAUUGUAUUAAUUUCCCACAGAAGACACCAGCUUUACUAAAUUGGCACUGUUCCUCACAGCCUACUGGUUAAUGUGGUCCAGAUCAAGUGCUUCUCUUCCAUGUCCAGAAUGGACACUGGGGCUGGAGUUUUAAUCAAAUCUUCAGGCAGCUGCGUUCCAAAUCUCAAAUUUCAGUGGUUGAAAGAGAAUACCUACUUCUGUGCACCUCUGUAGAGAGACACGCAGUGAACCGUUUCCUUCAUGUGCUCUGGACAGCAUUACAUCUGAGAGCCUGUCCACGUGUUUUAUAUCGUCCCUCCUCCGAGAGGUCCAUGUGUUUCUGACCGGGGCUGGUCCUACUGGCUUAGCGAUGUUUAAUAGCGUAAGUGAAUUGGGUUAACAUGCACACUGGUACUCAUUUAGAACUGGAUUAUUGGCUUAAAGAGAAGUAACUGAAAAGGCCAUUUCAGAUGAACUGGAUUGUAAAAGGCGAUUGUAGAAAAAUGUAUAGUUUCUAGUGUUUGCUGUUAAGCGAGAAAUGAAUUUUUGGAAAAGCCAUCAAGCGGUCUUAUUAAGGGUACUUUGAAAGAAAAUGGAGACGACCCCUCCCUCCAACAUGCCUAUAACAAUAUGAUCCACUGCCAAGUUCAGUUCACGCAGUCUGCAGGCUGCCACAUUGUGCUGGGAAACAGGCUGCCAACUUUUAGAGAAAAAAAAAUCAAUAUAUUAGUAUAUCAGUAGUAGUCUGUUUUUAAAAUUGGCUGUGAAAAUCAACUUUAGAAGGUAAACGUGUCUAAAUACAGCCCUAAACUCUGGUUUAAUGUCAUGGUCACCUUCAGUUUUGCAGGCAGGAGCUUGACUUGGCUGCCCUUUUCAACAAUACUUAUCAAGCCCUGCUUUGCUAAGUGAAUUAGGCCGUGGAACUCCCAUAGUUUCUCAUUUUCCGAUGCUUAUUAAUUAAAUAAGGAGGUAAUUAUCAUAUCGGUAAGACUGACGUCUCAGUGCCUAGACCAGUGGCUCUCACACACCUGCUGUUUUCUGUAGCAGCUCAGCCCUCAGUGAUACCAUCACACCUUUCACUUCAGUUGACUAAAUAAUAAGAUGAAUUUGAACUGCUCAUUCCCAGCUCUUAACUAUGCUGGACAUAAAAUCCCAAACCUGUGACUAGAAACAAAAACACAAACAGUUCUUUUAAGCGUCUUCGUAGGUCACGUGAGGCUUCAGGUAUCUAAUGAAGGUGGGCUGGAAUGAAAACCAGCAGGUGUGUGGGGCACUAGGACCAAGACUGGGAACCAGUGGCCUAAGACCAUUCUCCGUCAGCAUAGAGGGUCACCACCACCAACAAGGCAGUUUUGGAGACUUACAGGGACAAAAGGUGCUGAACGCUGUUGAAAACAAGCUCGUGUUGACACGGGAGGGUAACAGCCAUGCAGCAGACUGCACGGAGUUGUAAUCUGAGCUACUGUUUUUUUUUUUUCCUGAAAGGUUGCGUUUGAAACUGAAUUGGCCCACAGGUUAGGCCUGCCCCAGUGGCAUUCUUCUGGAAAUAAUGCAGUUCAAGCGACACCUCCUGUUUUCUUGGUCAUGGGUUGCGGUGGGGGACGACGACGAGCUGAAUAGAAAUGAAGCAUAUCAAUCAAUCAAUCUCUGCCGAGAAUUGUAUCGGGGGAGCCUGCCUGGUCCUGGGUCUGGCUCUGUGUAGUGCAGCCCCUGUGCUCUUGGAUAAUCCUGUGCAAGUGAUUGUGUUUACAGUGCGCGGACGUCUUUGCGUGUGUUUACAGUGUACAGUGGGUCUCUUUGUUUUAGCCGAACAUUGUGGGAGCUAUGAUGUGGACUCUGAUGUGAGAUUUGUUUCCGUAAUUGUACAUUGUGAUGUGAUUGUGUAUAUUAACAUGAUUAAAGAGGAAGCAGCUGGGGAAAAGAAA